AUGUUACAGCGCAUCCCAAGAGUUACCCCCUUGAGACGAAAUCAAUCAGGCGCCGCAUCCCAAGUCCAGCGGCAGCUAGGUGUGGCUCUAAUGACCCACGGGUCGCCAGAUGCACCUGAUGCCCACGAGGGACGAAAGCCCGCGGGAGCACAAGGUGGGCAUUGGGGGUGUCAAGAGGAGGAGGAUCUCAAAGGCGAUGACCGAGAUCCGCUUGUGAUCGUUUUGGUGUGUGAGGGCCCUCGGGGUGCUCGUCUUUUCUCAGGGCAAGUCGCCCACAGCGUAACAACACCCCGUCAACAUAACACCAACGACAUCAAAAGCCGACUCAAAUAG